UCUCCUCUGAGUGGCCUCGGAAGCACUGAGUAACAGUCUCCCUGGAGGCAGGAGGGGCUGGCCAUCGGCUCGGGGAGGGUGUCCGCACCACUCCUGGCUCAUAAUCGGGCAGGGAGAAGCCAGCAGGAGGAAGGGGAGACAGGGAAGGAGAGACAAAGACAAAAACAGAGCUAGGAGGAGACAAAAAUACGGAAACAGAGGCAAAGGCAGAGGCUUCUGCAAACAGGGGAGAAAGGGCAGACUUAGGGAAACGGAGACCGCACCUAGAGAAGGAGCAGAAAGGGGGUGGAGACAGGAGAAGCAGGGUCAGAAGGCCAAAGAGAAAUCACGGGGGAGGCGGUAAAGGGGCAGCACAGGCUUCAGGGUUCGAUUGACCUGGUCCAGGCCCCUGCUCUGCCGUCGCUUGGCUGUGUGACCGGGGGCAAGUGACUUAACUUCUCUGGGAUGCUUCUUUAUCUCUGGAACGGGAAGCAUGAUAGCACCUACGUUUUGGGACUGCCGAGAGAAUGGAGAGAGGUCGUCUAGCCCAGAGCGCACAUUUAAUCUGGGCCGGUGAUGGCUCUUACAGCCCCCACGCGCGCAGGUGAAGGUCUCCAGAGAGAAAUGGCGUGUAGGGAGCUCUGGGACAUGGGGCCUCCUGGGUCCCCUCUCCCACCUCUGCCCCACCCCCACAUAAGGCAUGGGGGGCGCCCAGUCCCUCUGUUUCAGAGGGGGUGUGCGGAUGGACAGUGAGGGGCAUUGUCCCGGGGUCCCGAGGCCCGUGGUACAAGGUUAGGGUCCAGCCGUGUGGGCACACCCCCUGCUCUCCAGGCGACUCAGUGCCCCGCACGACUGUGCACUCGUCCCUUAGGAACUCAGAGGCCGGCGGUCAGGAGGGCAGGUCCGAGCCGCCUUCCCCUCUGUAAGGGUGGAGGCUCCUUCUGGACCCCACUUUCCGGCAUCCUGCCAAUCCUGGGUUUCGAGGGCCCUGGAAGGGGGGACCAGUUCUUCUGGCCGGUGAGCCGGGUUGAAGCCGCAGCCUCUGAGGGGGCUCCCUCAGCCCCCGAGCCCCACAGAGUCAGGUCAGGGCUUGCUGGAGUCAGAAGUUGGGCUCGGGCUUUAUCGGGCCAUCCCCUCUGUCAGGCGCGGAAAAGCGCCCUGACUCCACGGAGCUCCAUUCCAGCGGGGAAGACCGACCUUCAUAAGAACAGGAGUGGGGCAUGGGGGCUGUGAGGGCACAUCGGGGCAGUCUGACCACUAACAGCCCCGGAGGAAUAAGACUGAGGGUGCCCCAGCCUGGUGGGGCAGCCAGAGCACAGACCCGCAGCCCCAACGCUGAUCCCUGAUGGGUCCAUCAGCCCUGAAGGUUUCCAGGGGCUGCGAACUCCUGGGAUGGCCUGGCUUAGUCCCACAUGCCCCCGGAGGAGGGACACGGUGCUGAGCCCUUGGCUGGGGUCUGGGGAGUGCUGGUCCGUGCGGAGCUGGCCUCCGGGGAGAGCAGCCCAGGGCUCCUCUGGGCCAGGGGGGUCUGUGGUGGCUGGGCUGAGGGCCUGCAGGAGGGCCCGAGGGCGGGAGGAGUGUAUGAAGCCUGCAGCCACUGAGGGGGCAUCCUGGGAGAGGCUGUGAGGAUGGGCCCCUGGCAGGCCUGGCUCCUGGUGCCCUUUCGUGUGGUGCGGGGAGCCACAGAGGGCUCUGGAGAGGGGCAGUGGCCGGAGCAGGGCUGUGCUUUCUGAGGGUGUCUGGCGGUGGCAGUGAGCGGGUGGGCCGGUGCUUUGCUCUUUGAAGCAGAUCCUAAUUCCCUUGUUGCCUCUGAUGCCCGAGACCCCCACGUCCGCCUGUGGCUGCAGAGCGUGGCCGCCGGCACCCACGGGUGGCGGCAGGGGCCCGGACCGCACUGGCGCCGGCCUCCGGCAGGCACGCGAUGCGAUGCGUGCGUGGUGAUUCAGAAUCCCUGCAAUUUCCCUAUUUCCUGAUGAGUAAACAGGUCGGGCUGAGGACCCUCUAGCUUCUGUUUCCUGAGCCACAGAGAACACCAGGCCGGCCCCUCACCCCUGCCCCCUUCCCGCCCAGCCUCUGGCUCACACACAGGCUUCCUGUCCCUCCAUCCGGCAGACAUUCCUGGCUGCAAAAGGCCUGGCUGGGUGCGGGAGGGGCUGGGCGCUCGCGUGUGCAGGCGUGUGCACGUGCGCGGACGUGGAGAGAGCGGCCCAGGCUGCCGGAGCUGGGUCAGGGUGCGUCCCUGCGUGGAGAGGGAGGGAGGAGUCUUCCGACGGGGGUCUAGCUGCCGAGCGGGGAGGACUAAGUGACCCUGUCUCCAUGGAAAGACAGAUCUGGAAACGGCACAGAGAGAGAGAGAGAGAGACGGGGAAGGAGACAGACAGACAGACAAGGGAGACACAGGGCAAGGCAGCCCCGGGCACAAGCUAAGACACUCGGCCUGGUGAGCCGAGUGCGGCCCGAGUUCCCCUCCCGCGCCACACCUCAGGAUGGAUUCCCUAGUGCAGUCAACACACCGCACGACUGUGCUGUACCCGACGGCCUUGAUAUAGGAAAGGAAGGAGAGAGACAGAAAGACACAGACCAAGGAACUGAUGGAGGAAGAAAAAAAAAAAAAGGCAGAAAGCAAAGAGUUUUUGAUGAGGAACAAGACAGAAACAAAAAGAGGCAGAGAGCCUAGAACGUGGGGGAUUCUGUUUCUGCACCAGCGCAGGUCCUCUGAGCUGCUUCUGGUCUGAGGCUCUGUUCCGGGGCGGUCACGGGAACUAGCAGUCCCAGCCCUCACUGCACCCCGUGAGAUGUGGGGGUUAUUCUCCCAUUUUACAGAGGGGGAAAUGGAGGCUGGAGGCCCACGGGGCUCGAGCGAUGUGCUCAAAAGUGACAACUUGUAAGCCCUAGAACCUUUGGAUUCCAAGAUGAGAGGGAGGACAGACAGAGGGAGAGGAGAGGAGGGGCCACCGGGACCCAGCAAGGCGCUGGGGGCUGGGGGGAAGCAGAACCCAGGCGGUCCAACUCAUCAGCCGCCUUUGGCUUCAAGACAUACCUGGCGGGCAGCCCGUGGUUCUGAGGGAUCAGGUUUUGUGGGGGGUCUGGCCCCUCCCCACCCCCACUUCCCUUCUCUGUGCCAGCAGCUAAGGCCCCAUUCCCGGAUCAUCCUGGGGGUUCUUCAGAAAAAAAAACAAACAAACAAAAAACAAGAAAUGGCUUUUCUUGGAAUUAAUGCUCAAAGGGCCAAGGGCGCCAAGGGCGGUGGGGACGGGGAUGGGCUCAGGAGACCCCGGACCCCGGCCGCCAUCCUGGUGACGGCGAACGUAACUCCUGUAUUAAUCCUGGGGACAGCCCUACAAAGGGAGGUGCUAUCGUCCGCAUUUUACAGACCAGGGAACUGAGAGCUGGCGUUCAUCACCCAGCUCAGAGGGCACCCUUCGCUGCCCCACCUCCUGGAGAAGAGCCCCGAGGAAGCCCUCUUGCUCUCUUCCUCCUACAGAAACGGAUCACCUCCUGCCCACAGGGAGCUCGGACCCAGAGUCAUUUCCCUCCUGCUAAGGGGGCCGGGGCACCAGGAGGGCAGGGCUCCCCACCAGAGGGGACCCGGCUGCUGCGGCUGGGGGCUGGGGGCCGGGGCCUGGCCGGAGACCCAGCUGCCUUGCAUCUCGAGGUGGAGGAGAGAAGACUGACUGCAAAUGCAUCCCGGUUCCCACGCCUCUGGCUCCAUAUCCUGAGCGCUGGGAUCCCCCAGGACGCUCCCUGGCGCCCCCCAGGCCCCUGGGCCCAGGGCCUAGCCGCCCUGCCCCUUGGCUCAGCUGAGCUUCUCAGGCUGCAGGAGGCCAUAGAGGCCUGAUGUGGGCGCCUCGGGGAGGCAGAGAGCAAGGAGCCAGGACAAGUUGUAGGAACACUGAACCCAGAAUCUGAAACCGGCUGCGGGGGCGGCCGCUCAGGAGCUCAGCCCCGCUCAGGAGCCAGAACAGACCCUGCUGAGGUCCUGACCUGCUUCCCACCCACUGGGCGAGGCCGGGUUGGAGGGGGCGGAGAGGAGCUGUUUCCAGAUGGCCAAUGGGGUGGCCAGAGGGAGGUGGGGGCUUCUUCUGUCCGAGGCCGGGUUGGGGACGUCCUCGGGCAGUAGUCCCCGGAGCUGGGUACGGAGGUGCCCUGGCCAGGGUUUAACAGGUGCCUCUGGCGGGUGCGGAUGAGGCUGCCCCUGGUCUGUGGUGUUGGCCCAUGUCCCCCAUGGAAGUAAUUCCCCAAGCCUGAUUUCUAGCUCCUGAUGUGUCGUCUGUGAGCGGGGAGCUGGGCAGAGACGCACACAGUUGGCUCCCGCGAGCCCGGGCGAGCAGGUGCCCGCACGCCCGUGGUCAGGAGGGGCCUCCUUCAGGGCCACCCGGUCCCGCCCCAGCCCCGCGCCUCCUGCGGCCGCUCUCCACCUGCACACAUGCGGGCCGGGAAGCCCCCCGCUUGAGGCGGCCGACUCCCUUCCGGAACCUUGGCUGUUGGAAAGUCCUUCCUCCAGCUGAGCCCAGGUGGGCCUCCCCCCGGACUUCCCCGCUGGCCCCGGCCUCACACCUUGGUACCAAGGUCAAAGUGCCCUGGGCUGGGGCUCAGAGAUACCAGGCAGGAUCCCCUUCCCGGGAAGAGGCACUGGCUGGUGGUGUGUGAGUGAAGGGUGCUGGGAGGGCGGGGCGGGGAGGGGGCACGGUCUGCAGAGAAGGAGGGGUGACGAGAAGAGAAGAGAAGGCAGGGGGACAAGAGGCAGCCGCCUCUGCAGACACUUGGUCCUCCAGGCUGUGGCUCUGCGCCGGUCCCCCGCUCUGCCCCUGGCCUCUGCAAUGCCACCAGCUCUGCGUGCCCUCCUUCUCCUGGGCCUGAGCCUGCGGCUGGCUGGAGCCCUCAACCCCAGUGACCCCAACACCUGCAGCUUCUGGGAAAGCUUCACCACCACCACCAAGGAGUCUCACUCCCGCCCCUUCAGCCUGCUCCCCUCGGAGCCCUGCGACCGGCCCUGGGAGAGCCCCCACACCUGCCCCCGGCCCACGGUUGUCUACAGGACGGUGUACCGCCAGGUGGUGAAGACAGACCACAGGAAGCGACUCCAGUGCUGCCGGGGCUUCUAUGAGAGCAGCGGGAUCUGUGUCCCGCUCUGUGACCAGGAGUGCGUCCAUGGCCGCUGUGUGGCACCCAAUCAGUGCCAGUGUGUGCAGAACUGGAGGGGUGACGACUGUUCCAGUGGGUGUGCCCCAGGAGUGUGGGGGCUGCAGUGUGACAAGCCCUGUCACUGUGGCAACGGCAGCUCCUGUGACCCCAAGAGUGGAGCGUGCUCCUGCCCCCCCGGCCUGCAGCCCCCACGCUGCCUGGAGCCCUGCUCCCCGGGCCACUAUGGUCCCGCCUGCCAGUUCCACUGCCUGUGCCACGGAGCACCCUGUGACCCCCAGACCGGAGCCUGCUUCUGCCCCCCAGAGAGGACUGGGGCCAGCAGCUGUGAGAUACCCUGUGUCCCGGGCACCGUGGGCUUCUUCUGCCCCAGCACCUAUCCUUGCCACAACGGGGGCGUCUUCCAGGCCUCCCAGGGCUCCUGCAGCUGCCCGCAUGGGUGGAUGGGCAUCAUCUGCUCCCUGCCCUGCCUCGAGGGCUUCCACGGACCCAACUGCUCCCAAGAGUGUCGCUGUCACAAUGGUGGCCUCUGCGACCGCUUCACUGGGCAGUGUCGCUGCGCUCCGGGCUACACGGGGGAUCGGUGCCGUGAGGAGUGCCCCGUGGGCCGCUUCGGGCAGGACUGUGCGGAGACGUGCGACUGCGCGCCCGGCGCCCGCUGCUUCCCGGCCAACGGCGCGUGUCUGUGCGAACACGGCUUCACCGGGGACCGCUGCACCGAGCGCCUCUGCCCCGACGGCCGCUACGGCCUCAGCUGCCAGGAGCCGUGCACCUGCGACCCAGAGCACAGCCUCAGCUGCCACCCGAUGAGCGGGGAGUGCGCGUGCCUGCCGGGCUGGGCCGGCCUGCACUGCAACGAGAGCUGCCCGCAGGACACGCACGGGCCCGGCUGCCAGGAGCAUUGCCUCUGCCUGCACGGCGGCGUGUGCCAGCCCGACAGCGGCCGGUGCCGCUGUGCGCCCGGCUACACGGGCCCGCACUGCGCCAGCCUCUGCCCGCCUGACACUUAUGGAGUCAACUGCUCCGCACGCUGCUCCUGCCACAACGCCCUGGCCUGCUCGCCCAUCGACGGCGCCUGCGUCUGCAAGGAGGGUUGGCAGCCUGGUAACUGCUCUGUGCCCUGCUUACCUGGAACCUGGGGCUUCGGUUGCAACGCCAGCUGCCAGUGCGCCCACGAGGCAGCCUGCAGCCCCCAGACCGGGGCCUGUACCUGCACCCCUGGGUGGCAGGGGGCCCACUGCCAGCUCCCGUGCCCGAAGGGACAGUUCGGUGAAGGCUGUGCCAGUCGCUGUGACUGUGACCAUGCUGACGGCUGUGACCCCGUUCACGGACGCUGCCGUUGCCAGGCUGGUUGGACGGGCACCCGCUGCCACCUGCCCUGCCCCGAAGGCUUCUGGGGGGCAAACUGCAGUAACACCUGCUCUUGCAAGAAUGGGGGCACCUGCAUCCCCGAGAACGGCAAUUGCGUGUGUGCGCCUGGGUUCCGAGGCCCCUCCUGCCAGAGAUCCUGCCAGCCUGGCCGCUAUGGCAAACGCUGUGUGCCCUGCAAGUGUGGUAACCACUCCUCCUGCCAUCCCUCGAAUGGGACCUGCUACUGUCUGGCUGGCUGGACGGGCCCCGACUGCUCCCAGCCGUGCCCUCUAGGACACUGGGGAGCCAACUGCGCCCAGCCCUGCCAGUGCCGCCAGGGGGGGGCCUGCCACCCCCAGGAUGGGAGCUGUUUCUGUCCCCCAGGCUGGACUGGAUACCUCUGCUUAGAAGGCUGCUCUCCGGGGAUGUUCGGUGCCAACUGCUCCCAGUCCUGCCAGUGUGGUCCUGGAGAGAGGUGCCACCCGGAGACGGGAGCCUGUGUGUGUCCCCCGGGGCACAGCGGCGCCCCCUGCAGGAUUGGAAGCCAGGAGCCCUUCACCAUGAUGCCUACCUCUCCGGUGGCCUAUAACUCGCUGGGGGCAGUGAUUGGCAUCGCGGUGCUGGGGUCCCUGGUGGUGGCCCUGCUGGCACUGUUCGUCGGCUACCGCCAUUGGCAAAAAGGCAAGGCACACCAACACCUGGCCGUGGCCUACAGCAGCGGGCGGCUGGAUGGCUCUGAGUACGUCAUGCCAGAUGUCCCUCCCAGCUACAGCCACUACUACUCCAACCCCAGCUACCACACCCUGUCACAGUGCUCACCGAAACCCCCGCCCCCGAACAAGCUUCCGGGCAGUCAGCUCUUCGGCAGCCUGCAGGUCCCUGAGCGGCCAGGGGGCGCUCACGGGCAGGAUAACCACAGCACCCUGCCUGCGGACUGGAAGCACCGCCGGGAGCCCCCUGCAGGGCCUCUGGACAGGGGUAGCGGCCGCCCGAGCUACAGCCACAGCUACCGUAGCAGCGACGGCCCAGGCCCGUUCUCUGGUAAAGAGGGGCUGGGGGCCAGCGUGGCUUCCCUGAGCAGCGAAAACCCCUACGCCACCAUCCGGGACCUGCCCAGCCUCCUCGGGGGCCUCCGGGAGAGCAGCUAUGUGGAGAUGAAAGGCCCCCCCUCAGGGUCUCCCCCCAGGCAGCCCCCUCCACUCCGGGACAGCCAGAGGCGGCGACACCCCCAGCCACAGAGAGACAGUGGCACCUAUGAACGGCCCAGCCCUCUGACCUAUGAUGGAGACUCUGUGGGCUCCCAGCCCCCACUGCCUCCGGGCCUGCCCCCUGGCCACUACGACUCCCCAAAGAACAGCCACAUCCCUGGACACUAUGACUUGCCCCCAGUACGGCAUCCCCCGUCACCCCCAGUUCGGCGCCAGGACCGCUGAGGGGUCGGGGUGGUGCGCAGAGGCCAGUACCUGCCCUUGGCGGCCCAGGGCUGGGGGCAGAGCCUGCUGUACCCUGCCAGGAGCGGGGAGAGGACCGGCAGGCUGUGAGCGCGAACACGCCUGACAGAGGAAGCGAAUGUCCGGGACACCGGGGCCUGGAUCCCGGGUUCCAUCGUGGGAGACACCGGUCAGCAGGAGGCCUGCCUUCCCUUUUGUACGUUUCGCAACCUGCUGCUCCCCAGGGCCCCAAGGCCUUUGUACAUAAACUGGUGGGUUGAAUGUUGCUGGAAAACUCUGAUUUCGGAUUAAUGUCAAA